GUGGCAGUGCGCAUGUGCGAAAUUUAGAGAGGGACGCUUGAGAAACUGAAGCUGCAGACGAUAUCUAUGCUUAUAAUUAACAGCCUUCAAUAAAGGACAGAAAGAAAACCAUGUCAACUCAGCCUCUCAUCAGAUCAAAGCAGACCGAGAAAUCAAUCAAUGGAAUAUCCACACAGGUUGUUUGCACAGAAUUCAGUAACUACAUAUUUAUAGUUCUCACACAGUAUGGAAAGAUUGGCACUUUAGUAUCAAUCACACCUGACUCCAGAUCAGGUGAUAUCAGCACUGCCAUGUUCACCACCAAAGUAUUGCUGGGAAAAGAAGAGGCUUUGACACAUGUCUGUGCCAAAAACUUGGCAACAUUUGUGUCACAAGAGGCAGGCAACAGGCCUGUUCUACUGGGUUUGGCACUCAAGGACAGUUCCAUAGAAGCAAUAAAGGCCAUGAAAGAUGUCAUCAAAAGUUGUCAAGUCUGGUAACUACUGGUACAGGGAACGAGCAACAGAAUAGCUUACCUGGAAAGACAAUUUAAGAAUUUAAUUUAACACGUUUUUUCCUCAAUGUUUUCCCAUCCUUUAAAAAUGUAUUUUGUUAUCUGUUGUUACUUCUAAGCAUGAUGUGGUAAUAAAUGCCAUAUAAAUGGGAA